AUGAAAGUCUUUAAUGUGGCCUUCACGGUUGUCCAUCUUCCAAUAGCAGCUCUGGCCUUACAAACCCCGCUACAAGUCCCCCUUUCUACUGUGAAGGAUUUCGUCAACAGGGUGACCGUCACUCUUUCCUUCGGCACGGUCAUCGGAUCCGUUUCUUCCAUUGAGACCUUCAAUGGGAUUCCAUACGCUGACCCUCCAGUCGGGCCACUGCGCCUUAGACCCCCACAAAGGCUCUCCCGGUCCUUGGGUGAAUUCGACGCCACGGGCACUGCCGCAUCGUGUCCGCGGAUGCCCCUCUUCCCUGAUGGAGCCCCUUCAAUCCCGGAGGAGUUUCGUAACGCGCCUUUCUUAGAGGUUGAGGAGGGCAAGACCCAAGAGGACUGUUUGACUAUCAGCGUACGACGAACCAAGGGUACCAAAGCGGAGGACAAACUUCCGGUACUCUUCGGGCUUUUUGGCUUUGGCUAUGUGAAUAGCGACUCGAAGAAGUACAAUGAGGUUGUGGACAAACUGCUUGCCUACGGUGCUCAAGCGCAGAAGCCGUUUAUCUAUGUCGCCGUUAACUAUCGCGUUGCUGGGUUCGGUUUCUUAGGGGGCAAGGAGAUCCUCGCAGAUGGUGCCUCUAACCUUGGUCUUCUUGACCAGCGCAUGGGCCUUGAGUGGGUUGCCGAGAACAUCGAGUCUUUUGGCGGUGACCCAGAGAAAGUAACCAUCUGGGGCGAGUCGUCUGGAUCUAUCUCCGUCUUUAACCAGAUGCUUCUAUUUAACGGAAAUGCUACGUUCAAGGGCAAGCACCUCUUUCAAGGUGCGAUCAUGAAUUCUGGUAGCAUCAUGUCGACCGACAGGGUAGAUGGCCCUAAGGCUCAGCAUAUCUACGACAAUGUGGUUGAGCGGGCUGGGUGCAAGGGCUAA